CCCAGUUCGUGAUUAAAACAGUUGAACUCAAUGAAGAUAUAGCGCCGGAGGCCAACCAGGAACAUAGAGGAGUUACGUCGCCAAGGACAUUCUGAUUUGAAAUGUCUGCUUAUUCAGAAGGCAAUCAAGGAACAGAUAUCGGAAAAUUGCGACACAAUGCGCGUGUCCACAUUGAGAAGGUGUUCUUGGAGCUUGAGCAGAGUGAAGCUCAGAAGAAGGAGCUUAAGAAAAAUCUUGAGCAGAAAACUAUGCAACUGCAAAUCUUGAAUGAGAAAGCUUCCUUAGAGACAAAUAAAGCCAAUGAAUUGGUGUCAUGGUUGACAGAAGAAAGAAAGAAAUGGGAAAGUGAGAAGCAAAAACUUCAAGAAAGGUUAAAUGAAAAGGAAGAAGAAUUGGCUUCUAGUCAAGCAUUUAACCAAGUACUCAUUGUGAAGCUGAAUGAACAUAAUGCUGAAUUGCACAAGGCUCGUCAUUCGUUAAUCACGGCUUUGAAAGAAUCAGCCUGGGAUGCUUCUAUUGGGGUGAAGAUAAUGGCAGACCAUGACACCAAACCAUUUAUUGGUGCAACCCAAAGAAUGCCUUCACUAAAUUUUUCUGAAAGAGUAGCUGCUAAGGCCGUGGAGGUAGGUUCUCUCUGGGAGGAAAAUCUCAAAGAUCCGAGUUGGCAUCCGUUCAAAUUUUUAAUGGAUGAAGAAGGAAAGACGAGGGAAGUUAUUGAUGAAGAAGAUGAGAAACUGAAGAACUUGAAGACAGCGUUUGGUGAUGAAGUAUAUGAGGCUGUGAUAAAUGCCUUGGAAGAACUAAGCUCGUUCAAUCCAACAAGUAGAAAUCCUAUGCUAGAGCUGUGGAAUUUCAAAGAGGGGAAAAAGGCAUCACUUGCAGAGGGAGUAUCGCACAUUGUGAAUCAUUGGAAACCAAGGAAACGGAGAAGUACUGAUCAAUGCUCCAACGAGCAGAAUAAGCGGUCCGACUGCAAAACCUAGUCAAGUUUGUAUGAAUUGGACAGAA